AGAAUCCGAUUGUCAAAUACCUCCUCGGGGAGGAAGUGCCGACGAGGGAGGACUACACGGAUUGGCACGAGAAUGCUAAGGGCGGAAGGUCGUCGCCGAUGCUCGCCGUCGACGCAGACGAUCGCGACGAGCAGGACGAGGACGAGACCGACGAGAGAUAACGAAAGAUGAUGAAGCCGGCAUCGAGCAGCAGAGUGAGAGAGCUCCAGGCUAUGCUGUUUCCGGUUCAACCUAUCCCAGGUGGCAUGCUCUCUGAUCUAACACCGCAGGAGUUGCAAGUGUCUCAACUGGAACGUUAUAACGAGAGCUCGGCUCUGAGACGAGACGCGGAAUCGGCGUUGUUCGCGAUACCUUUGGGUUGUUUCUCUAGGCAUCGGUACUCGAAGGAGGCCCUCCGCGCGGUACUCGAUGCGCGCUGCAUCGUCGACGGAAGCAUCCAGGAAGCGGCCAGGUGGCCGACCGAGUGCCAGGUGAUCCCAGAGAGAGUUCGUCACAUAGAGUACAACCCUGCCACGCCGGAAGCCUUCUACGUUUCAACCGGGAAAGAACCGAGACCCAAACCGAUCGGCGACGAGCUUGGAACGGUGAUAUUUCGUUACUGUCCGACUAACGUUACUAAUUACUUCAGUCGAUCUUGCGUGGGCGGUAGCACGGCGUUCCCCGACGAUUUUCCCGGGGAAUCGACCGCGUGCGCCAACGGGAACGAUAUCUUCUUCGUCGCCGAAGCGUCCCGACAGAUGGACAACAGCACGGACCUGCGGUUUGAGUCGCGGUUCGAGUCCGGGAACCUCAGCAAAGUGGUAAAAAUAACUGACACGUAUUACCAGCUCUACCUGAGAAGGGAUCUCUACACGCAGAGGCAUACCCAGUGGUACUACUUCAGGGUGUCGAAUACGAGAAGCAGGAUCACAUACAGAUUUUCCAUCGUGAAUAUGUGCAAAGAGGAGAGCCUUUACAACGAAGGCCUCAAGCCUCUUCUUUAUUCCACCGAAGACGCUCGGACCCGAUCCGUAGGGUGGAGAAGAUGCGGUGACAACAUCACGUAUUAUCGAAACAACGAUUCAUCCGACGAGGAGAGAGAAAAGCACACGCUGACGUUCAAUAUUUCGUUCCCUCACGAUCGUGACAUCGUUUACUUGGCGCACUGUUACCCAUACACCUACACCGAUCUUCAGGAAUAUCUCGGCAAGAUCGUGGCCGACCCCACGAAAACGAGAUUCGCCAAGCUACGCUUGCUGUGCCGCAGCCUGGCCGGAAACGGCGUGUAUUACCUGACGAUCACCGCGCCGACCCACGACGAGGAGGUGCGCAGGAAGCGGGGCGUCGUUAUCACAGCCCGGGUGCAUCCCGGUGAGACGCCGUCGAGCUGGACGAUGAAGGGCAUAAUAGACUUCCUCACCGGCGACACGAACCGGGCUAGAGAACUCAGAGAGAGAUUCGUCUUCAAAUUGGUGCCGAUGCUAAAUCCGGACGGCGUCAUAGUGGGCAAUAAUCGCUGCUCCCUGUCCGGGAAGGAUCUGAAUCGGCAGUACAGGACCGUGAUGCGGGAGAGCUAUCCGUCCGUCUGGCACACGAAGCUAAUGAUACGGAGGCUCCUCGAGGAUUGCGGAGUGGCGAUAUACUGCGAUCUCCACGCUCACUCGAGAAAGCACAAUAUAUUCGCCUACGGUUGCGAGAGCAAGAGGACCGGAUGCAACGGGAGGCUGUCGGAGCAAGUGUUUCCGCUGAUGCUUCACAAAAACGCAGCCGAUAAGUUCUCCUUCGAGAAUUGUAAAUUUCACAUCGAGAAAGGAAAAGAAGGCACGGGCAGAGUGGUUGUAUGGUCGAUGGGCGUACAGAACAGUUACACCAUGGAGGCUUCUAUGGGCGGCUCCAAAAUCGGCUCUAGAUGCGGAACGCAUUUUUCCAUUCAGGACUACGAGCAGAUUGGCAAAGCAUUUUGCGAGACCCUGCUCGAUUUUUACGAUCAAGAUCCCGUAAAGGAAAGACUCCGAAAUAAGAUCGUAGCCAGAUUAACGAAGGAGGGAUCCAGUGCUGAGGAGCCUACCAAUAUCAAUUUGACUGACUAUUCAAGCAACGAGGGAGACAUCUCGCAGGAGAGUUUCUCGUCGGAAGAGGAAAGGGCCGAGUACACGGAUGCUGCGUGGUCCAGCGAGGCCGGAGAGUUCCUGGCGGGUCGCCGCCGGUACCUCUGCGUGCCACCACCGUCGCCGACCUUCGUUCCGCCGAGAAGCGUUGGUCUUUAUAGAAGGAGAGCGCGAAGAGAUGUCGCGGGGAGAAUUUAUUUGGAGCGUAGGAGAAAUCUGGCCCGACGGGCGGUGAUGGAGUUGCCGACCACGGAUCCAGGUAGCGAUUUGUGCGAUCUCACCGAUUCGGCUGAUGAGAGUUUCGUCAGAAGCGAGGGAAGAGAAUACGACGGUACAUCCAACAAUAAAAUCGAAAUGAGUAUCUAUCUCGGCAUGUGUCAUCGUGUAUGUAUGUCUUGCAGUUGCAUGGAGAAGUACGCAGGAAUAUCGCGAAGAGGUAAUCGAACUAUCCGAAAGGGAGACGACCGAGAAAGAGGAGCGGCAAGAGAAGACGUUGAUCUUGCCGGAAAUUGUGAGGCCUCGCAGCGUGUCUUUCGGGGAGUUACUGCCACGCAAGGAUCACCGGAAGACUCGCCAACGGCCGCGGUGUCUUCGGUACGGGUUAAUUAUUCCUUCACAAAAGGAGAUGGGCAGAAUUUCUCGAAUGGAAGCCCAGCUGAAAAGCCUGAGGAUGUAAAGUGGAUGGAUCGCAACAGCCGAUUCGUAUUUGCCAGGACGCUGAGAAAUCCGUCGCCGGUGUCGCCGACGAGCCGAGAGGUGAGAAUCAAGUUAACGUCUUUGAGACGGCAGAUCUGGACGGGCGUAUCGACCACCGCCACCGGAGGCAACGACGCGGAACGUCUCGUCGACGCGUUCGUUAAGACGCCGUUGAGCUGGGGUAUCUCCAGACACGCUCUGAUGCACUAUCCCACGGACGGCGAAGUCACGCUAAAGCCGCAAUCCAAGAAAACGCUGUCGCUCGCCUACGACACGGACAAGGACGACACGAGAAAGACACGGAAGAAGUCGCGGCGGAAUGGAUCCCAAUUGAAGACGGCCACGCGAACGGAUGGGCAGAAGCCGUCCAGGAGGAAGAACGCGAGGUUCGACUGGCAGCGGGCGGUGGAUCUAAAUUCUCGGGGCAAGGACGCGAGGAUCGCGAGAACCUCCUCCCUGCUAACGAUCGAGGCGGACUCGUUGAAGCUGCUGGCCGCGUCGACGACGUCCAAGCAAUCGCAACAACCGCAGCGGAAGCUCGAUUCGCGCCGGAAGUUCCGCGGCGUCGGGGCGGUGGCGACCACCUGCGUCGGCAUCGGGGCGAAGACGAGCGCCGCGAAGCCGACGAGGACGCGUGCGUGCCGUCGUGACGCCUUCUGCGAGAGCACGACGUCGGACGACGCCUCGUCGGACUCGGGCAAGCCGAAGGUCAUGAAGAAGAAGCAAAAGAAGAAGAAGCAGUCGCAGCAGCAACCGCCGCCGAGGAAACUGAUGGCGAACAGAGGAACGGAGCAAGACAAGCGCGUCUACAGCGUCAAGACUUCGCGCAACAACGUUUGA